AUGGGCAUCAUCGCGGAGGCCGAAUUUUGCACAGAUACCGUUCGGUUCUUGGUGGUUGAUUUUGGCCAGAAUCUUUUACAGUUUGGUUCAAUUGUUGCUUUGGUGGUUUACUUGGUUAUUUUGUUGUUUUGGUUGUUGGUAUUUGCUUUGGUAAUGAGUAGGUUGCUUGUUUACAGUUUGCAAAUGGUGGUUAUGAUCAGGGGCGGUGGUUAUGAUCAGGGGCAGAGUGUUGACAGUGACGAUGGCGAUGGUGGUGGUGGUGAUGGUGUGGGAUUUGAGUUGAAUUGGGGUUGUAUAAAGAGGGUUUGUGACCAAGUUGAGGUUUCGAUUUUCCUUGAAAUAGUUAUGGAGUUCUUCAAAGAGGCCAAGGCUGUUAGCCUCAGAAGCCACUUGAACAAAUACCUAGUAGCAGACGAUGAUCAAGUAUCAACCCGGCAGAGUAGAAACGGUUCAGCACGAAAAGCUCGGUGGCUAGUCGAGCUAGUAGACAGCAAUCCCCACGUCAUCCGCCUCAAGAGCUGCCAUGGCCGGUACCUCACCGCCUCGGAUGAGGCUUUUCUGUUAGGCAUGACAGGUCAAAAAGUUUUCCAAACCUUGCCUGAAAACAUCAAGGACCUAAAAAUUGAGUGGCAGCCUAUAAGAGAUGGGUUUCAAGUGAGGCUAAAGGCCUUUGGCGGCACGUAUUUACGUGCCAACGGAGGAAUGCCACCAUGGCGGAGUUCGAUUACACAUGAUUGUCCUCACAGUUUUUCUACACAAAAUUGGAUUUUAUGGGAUGUAGAGGUCAUUAAAAUUCCAGAAAAUGAGUCUUUGACCGAUUAUUUAUCGAUGGUUUCGAGUUUAUCUUCGGUUUCUGAUGAACUGUCGGGUUUGGAGAUCGGGUCACCAGAAUCGAUAUACUCCGGUUAUUCUCCUUCCCCCAGAUUACACUCACGUCACUCUCCGUCCCCCAAAUUAUCUGUGAAAAAGAGCAAUUUGAGUAUAACAACAAGAACAACAGCAAUGGAUCUGUUCCAAAAUGCCAAGGCAGUGAGACUCAAAAGCGUCCAUGGCAAGUAUUUAACAGCAAAAGAAGAUGAAGAAUCAGUGACUCAACAUCGGACUGGUUCAUCCAAGAAUGCAAAAUGGACAGUAGAAUUUGUCGAAAAUUCCGACAACAUAAUCCGCCUGAAAAGCUGUAACAAUAAGUACUUGACAGCAUCAAACAAGCCAUUUUUGCUGGGUAUGACGGGCCAGAAAGUGCUACAAACGCUGCCAGGGAGGCUUGAUUCUUCGGUCGAAUGGGAACCCAUUCGAGAGGGCAAUUCUGUGAAGCUCAAGACGAGAUACGGACACUUUUUGCGGGCAAAUGGCGGGUUGCCGCCGUGGAGAAACUCUGUUACUCAUGAUAUCCCUCAUCGGACUGCAACCCAAGAUUGGGUUUUGUGGGAUGUGCAAGUGGUGGAAAUCUUGGUUAUGUCACCGGCGUCGGCGGCGGCGCCAGUUUUGGUUGAUGACUCGGAUUCUUUUGCUUCGGGUUCUAGUUCGCCGUCGACCUCUUCCUUAAAUUCUGCUAGCUUUUCUGGACCAAAGUUGAAUGAUUCUUUGGUUAUUUCACAAACGAAGGGGAGCGAUAGCAGAUUGAUUUACUUUCGUAUAGCCAAUGAAUAUCAGGAAAUUGACGAGGGGUUUGAGGAGCUUUGUACUACAUUCAAGGGAAAUGGAGUUCAAGAACUGACGAAAAGGUUAGAGGAGGAAUUGGGAGUCAAUGAUAUUACUGUAUGUACACGAAGUCCAUUGAAUGGGAAGCUUUAUCCUCUUCGUUUACAGCUUCCUCCCAAUAAUGCAACUAUGCACGUCAUUGUGGUUCCGACCUCAACACAAGCAUCUGGAGAUUUGAUGGCAUCAGGAAUGCCAUUGUAG